AGUUCGAGCAGCAGCCUGUCUCGUCGGGUGUUGUCUGGGAGAUCGUUGGAAGGAGACUUCAAAGUAAGCCGCAACCAGCAGCAGCAGCUGCAGCAGCAGCAGCGGCAGCAGCAGCAGCAGCUGCUGCAGCACUAAAUGCAACUGCAGCAGCUGAGCAGACAUGCAUGCGAUGUAUGUACACCGCAGGAACAAAACUCUUUUACUUCGAGCCGUCGCCGGGGCUGUCUCUUCACGGCUGGCGGCCGCUGCUGCUUCACCCGCACAAGCAGCAGCAGCAGCAGCAGCAGAGGCUAAAGAUCGUGAAGAUGAAUCUCGAUGACUGGCUGGGAGGGGGUUGGGGGGGUCAGGUGGCGGUGGGCCCCGAGCCAGGCGAAGUCGGCGCUGCUUUGGCUGCAGCGGCGCUGCAGGGCCCUUCGGUGGUGAUGACGGGGCGCGUGCAGUUUGCUGCUUCGUUUGUUGCUGCUGAAGAGUCUGCAGCAGCAGCAGCCUCAGCAGCAGCUGCAGCAACUGCUGCUGCACCCCCUGUACCAACUAUCUUUCCCCCAGACAUCUCAGUUGACGAUCUGCCUGCCGGCAACGGCGACACACUGCCUGCUGGAUUUGCUGGUGCUGCAGUUAGAUGUAUUGCUGCUAACGUUGAGACAGAAGGAGGGAUGUCCUGGGGUGGAUUAGACAGAGACGAGAGUCAAGACGAAGACAAGCAGCUGCUGCUGCCCCUGGGCUUGCUGCUGUCGUCAGCAGCGCAGCAGCAGCAAAGCGAAGCCAAGUGGGUGCUGCUCCCGCCCAACCAACUCCAUAGCAGCAGCAGCAGCAGCAGCAGCAGCGGCAGCAUCAAUUGGGGCGUCUAUGCAGCAUCAAAAGUCCUGGCGUUUAGGGAGAAGCACGUCUGCUCCAUUGUUGCGCUAUUUUCACCCCAGCAGCAGCAGCAGCAGCAGCAGCAGCAGCAGCAGCGGCUGAAGAGCCCUUUGGUGUACAUACGUUCUGUCACACUCAAGCCGCUGCCCUAG